AUGGCAACGCAGAAGAACAAGUUUGGACACCUGCCCCUAUCGACCUCGGGGCCGCAGGACUGUGCUAUCACGGGUACCGCACUUCUGAACACACCAUAUCUCAACAAAGGCUCCGCCUUCACAGAAGAAGAACGACAGACGUUCGACCUAAAUGGUCUUCUUCCCGCCAAAGUCAACACUCUCGACGAACAGGUCCAGCGAGCGUAUGAACAAUACAGCACUCACAAGACCGCGAUCGGGAAAAACUUGUUUAUGACCAGCAUGAAGGAGCAGAAUGAAGUGCUCUACUAUCGACUCAUCCAAGAUCAUCUGAAAGAGAUGUUUCCCAUCAUCUAUACACCCACCGAAGGCGACGCGAUCGCGGCAUACAGCAGACUCUUUCGAAGACCCGAAGGAUGUUUCCUGGAUAUCACGCAGCCGGACAAUAUCGAAAAGCCUCUCAGCCGAUAUGGUGGCGCAGAGGACAUUGAUGUCAUUGUGGUGAGCGAUGGCGAGCAGAUUCUGGGUAUUGGCGAUCAAGGCGUUGGAGCUAUUCUCAUCAGCAUUGCUAAAUUGGUUAUAUACACGCUCUGUGCAGGUAUUCAUCCUAAUCGCGUGCUUCCCGUCGUUCUCGAUGUGGGUACCGACAAUGAAAAUCUCUCUCAGGAUCCGCUCUAUCUCGGGCUGCAAAAGCCACGCGUGCGAGGGGAAGAGUACGAUGCUUUCGUCGACCGCUUCGUUCAAGCCGCGCGUAAUCAGUUCCCCAAGGCAUAUUUGCACUUUGAAGAUUUUGGCUUGGCCAAUGCUCGCCGGAUCCUUGAUAAAUACACUCCCCAGAUUGCAUGCUUCAACGACGACGUACAAGGCACCGGCUGUGUGACACUGGCAGCGAUAUACGCCGCAGCUCACGUCGCCAAACUGCCCAUGGCAGACCUCCGAGUCGUCCUCUUCGGCGCCGGCUCAGCAGGUACAGGAAUUGGCGAUCAAAUCCGCGAUGCCAUCUCCGUCGAAUCCCACGGCAAAAAGUCCAAAGAAGAAGCCGCGAAACAAAUCUACUGCGUCGAUAAACCCGGUCUCCUUCUCCAAUCCUUCAAAGACAAUCUCACGCCCGCCCAACAUCCCUACGCGAAACCCGACGAUGACUGGCAAGACGCCAAUCACCGAUCUCUCCUCGAUGUGAUCCGCAAAGUCCACCCUCACGUCCUCAUCGGAACCAGCACGCAACCCAAAUCCUUCACCCAAGAAAUCGUUCAAGAAAUGGCCCAACACGUCGAAAGACCCAUCAUCUUCCCCCUCUCCAACCCCACCAGACUCCACGAAGCCACGCCCCAAGACCUCUCCAACUGGACCAACGACAAAGCCCUGAUCGCCACGGGCUCCCCCUUCGACCCCAUCUCCCUCAGCAACGGCCAAAAACGCGACAUAGCCGAAUGUAACAAUUCCGUAACAUUUCCCGGCAUCGGGCUUGGAGCAAUUCUGUCUCGAACAAAAUUUCUCACAGCAGAAAUGCUCGUGGCGGCAGUCAAAGCUCUUGCAGCACAAUCUCCUGCUUUGCGAGACUCGAAUGCGGGACUUUUGCCUGAUGUGGAGAAUGUGAGAGAGAUUAGUGUGGGAAUUGCUAAGGCGGUGAUUCGGCAGGCGCAGAAAGAGGGGUUGGCGAUGCGAAAGGGGAUUCCUGAGGAGGAGGGGGAGUUGGAGGAGUGGAUUCGUGAACAGAUGUGGGAGGCGGAGUACCGGCCUUUGAGGAAGGUGGAUUUGAAGGGUGCUAGUAGGAGUGCCAUGGGGGAGGCGGGGAGUAAAGGGGUGGAGGGGAUAAAGGUGGAUUGA